UCUCUCCUCUGACCAAACGAUUCAUCAGGCUGCUUCUCCGGCAAGGCAGUACGCAGCUAUAAAAUGUUGCCUGCCUAACUACGCAGCUAGCCAAGCAUCUCCCAGGAUAACUCGAGCGAAAGCAUCCUAGUUGGCGAAGGCGAACCACCGCUUAAGCAAAUGAAGCAGACCGUCAUCCUGUACCCCGCCGCCGGCGUUGGCCACGUCGUGCCCAUGGCGGAGCUCGCCAGGGUCUUCCUCAGCCACGGCUACGACGUCACCAUGGUGAUCGUCCCACCGCCCUUCAAGUCGUCCGCACUGGGCGCCAGCCAAAUCGAGCAGAUCGCCGCGGCCAAUCCGUCCAUCUCCUUCCAUGUCCUCCCGCCGAUCCCGGCCCCCGACUUCGCCGGCUCCCCCAAGCACCCGUUCCUCCUCAUGCUGCAGAUGCUGCGCCAGUACAACGACAAGCUCGAGGGCUUCCUCCGCUCCAUCCCGCGGCAGCGCUUGCACUCGCUCGUCAUCGACAUGUUCUGCGUCGACGCCAUCGACGUCGCCGCGAAGCUGGGCGUCCCGGCUUACACGUUCGUCCCCUCGGGCGCGUCAUCGCUGGCCGUGGUGACCCAGCUCCCGACGCUGUUGGCCGGCAGGCAGACGGGUCUGGAGGAGCUGGGGGACACGCCCCUCGAGUUCCUUGGCGUUCCGCCCGUGCCGGCGUCCCACCUGAUCGCGGAACUGCUCGCGCACCCCGAGGAAGAGCAGUGCAAGACCAUGGUGAGCAUCUUUGAGCGCGGCAUGAACAGCAGGGGGGUUCUGGUGAACACGUUCGAGUCGUUCGAGAGUCGAGCGGUGCGGGCACUCAGGGAUCCCCUGUGCUUCCCUGGCAAGGUGCUGCCUCCAGUAUACUGCGUCGGGCCGUUGGUCAGCGGCGGCGGACGGAAUGGCGAGAAAACAGAGAGGCACGAGUGCCUCGCGUGGCUCGAUGCUCAGCCGGAGCGCAGCGUCGUGUUCCUCUGCUUCGGGAGCAUGGGCACAUUCUCCGUCGAGCAGCUCAAGGAGAUCGCCGUUGGCCUGGAGAAGUCCGGGCAACGGUUCCUAUGGGUCGUGCGCGUUCCGGCCAACAUCAAUGAUCCGAAGAGGUUAUUGGACAAACCAUGUGAGCCGGACCUCGAUGCCCUCCUACCGGAGGGUUUCUUGGAGCGAACCAAGGAUCGAGGCCUUGUUAUCAAGUCAUGGGCACCGCAGGUGGAUGUACUGAACCACCCAGCUACAGGCGCAUUCGUGACCCACUGCGGAUGGAACUCGACGAUGGAGGGCAUCAUGGCGGGGGUCACGAUGUUGUGCUGGCCCUUGUAUGCGGAGCAGAAGAUGAACAAGAUAUUCAUGACUGAGGAUAUGGGUGUUGGAGUAGAGAUAGAGGGGUAUAGGACAGGUUUUAUCAAGGCCGAGGAGGUGGAGGCAAAAGUAAGACUGGUGAUGGAGUCUGAGGAGGGGAGGGAGCUCCAGGCACGAGUGGUGGCACGAAGGAAAGAAGCAGAGGCGGCAUUAGAGGUAGGAGGCUCGUCACACGCAGCGUUUGUUCAGUUCUUGUUGGACGUGGAGAACCUUGGAGAGGAGCUCGCCCACUAAUGGAUUUGUAGCUUGUGUUACCUUUUAUCUUAUAAUAUUCUAUCAUUCUAUGCUAUCCUUUCAUUGUUUGACCAACCAUAUUUUGUACCUUCUACAAAUAGAAUAUCAGCUAUAAUAAAAAAAAAGUGGGUAAAGAAGAUUUUGCUUA